CCCCCGGCCCGGCCCGGCCCACCGGCCCCUCCCAUCCUGCCGGGGUUGCCUGCUGCAGCGCCCGGCCCCUGGCUUCUCCUCCUCCGGCAGCAGUAGGAGGAAGAGGGGACACAGAAGUAGAAAGCUCAGAGACUCAGCGUGUGCAGAAAGGGGAUGAUGCAGCAUCAGCUGUUGGAAAAAUGAUGAGUAAUGCCUGCUGUUCCUACUAGGAAGGGCAAUCCACUGCUUCCUUUCAGCUGCACUGCCUGAUAGUGCUGAUACUCUAUUAUCCCCCGGUCCUUAAAAUUUUGUAUUCUGUAACAUCCAAUGAUGCUGUGUGAUCCAGACAAGCUGGGACUUUGAGCCUUCAGAAAAGAGUACUCAGUGGUUCAUCACAUUAUCAUCUUCCUUUGAGGUGAGCUUUAGUGAGAAUGGGAGAUACAAGAGACGUUUGUCCUCACCUGGAUUCCAUAGGUGAGGUCACCAAGGAUGACCUGCUGCUCAAAUCCAAGGGAACUUGCCAGUCGUGCAGAGCUGGGGGACCGAACCUCUGGGCUUGCCUGCAGGUUGCUUGUCCUUAUGUUGGGUGUGGGGAAUCCUUUGCGGAUCAUAGCACCCUUCACGCACAGGCCAAAAAACACAACCUGACAGUGAACCUGACGACAUUCCGGGUGUGGUGUUAUGCCUGUGAAAAGGAGGUAUUCUUGGACCAGAGACUGGCAGCACAUGCUCCAUCCCCAUCAUCAAAGUUCAGUGAACAGGAGUCUCCAUUGCCUGCUCACCCGUUGAAGGCAGUUCCAAUUGCAGUGGCUGACGAAGGGGAGUCGGAAUCAGAGGAGGAUGAUCUGAAACCAAGAGGCCUUACUGGAAUGAAAAACCUUGGGAACUCCUGCUACAUGAAUGCAGCACUUCAGGCCCUCUCUAACUGCCCGCCUCUCACACAGUUUUUUCUGGAGUGUGGUGGGCUGGUACGUACGGACAAGAAGCCAGCGUUGUGCAAAAGUUACCAGAAACUGGUCUCUGAGGUUUGGCACAAGAAGCGCCCAAGCUAUGUGGUUCCAAGCAGCUUGUCUCAUGGAAUUAAACUGGUCAACCCCAUGUUCCGGGGCUAUGCACAGCAGGACACCCAAGAGUUUCUGCGAUGCCUGAUGGACCAGCUUCAUGAAGAGCUAAAGGAACCAGUUGUUGCUGAGGCAAGAGACUCUGACUCCAGUGACACGGAUGACAAGCGGGAAGGUGACCGUAGCCCCUCGGAGGAUGAGUUCCUCUCUUGUGAUUCGAGCAGUGACAGGGGUGAUAUGGAUGGACAAGGCAGGACAGGGGGCAUGAGCGGCUCCCUAGCAGAGGCAGAGUUGCUGAUCCACGAUGAGGCCGGGAGAGGGAUCUCUGAGAAAGAGAGGCUGAAAGACAGGAAAUUUACCUACAGCCACCGGCGGAGCAACUCGGAACAAGUUGAUGAGGAUGCAGACGUUGAUACCGCCAUGAAUCCAAUUGAUGGCAGAGCUUCUCCUGAAACCCUACCUCCCCACUGCCCUGCCAGCCCAUGUAGGACACCAGAGCCGGACAACGAUGCCUACGUGCGCUGCUCCUCACGCCCCUGCAGCCCGGUUCACCAGGAGAUGCACUCCAAACUGUCCAGCAGCCCCCCUCGCUCCAGUCCUGUGCGCCUGGGACCCUCCUAUGUGCUGAAAAAAGCCCAGGUGCUGGCUUCCGGGAAGAAGAAGAAAGAGCUUCGUUAUCGCAGUGUUAUUUCUGACAUCUUUGAUGGCUCCAUUCUCAGCCUGGUGCAAUGCCUCACCUGCGACAGAGUGCGUCUCCUUACUGCCAUUAAUCAAGUAUCCACAACGGUGGAGACGUUCCAGGAUCUGUCGCUGCCGAUCCCUGGGAAGGAGGACUUGGCCAAGCUGCAUUCCGCCAUUUACCAAAAUGUGCCUGCUAAGACAGGGGCCUGCGGGGACAAUUACACCUCGCAAGGCUGGAUCGCCUUCAUCAUGGAGUACAUCAGGAGGUUUGUGGUAUCCUGUAUCCCCAGUUGGUUUUGGGGUCCUGUGGUCACACUGGAGGACUGUCUUGCUGCCUUUUUUGCUGCCGAUGAGUUGAAAGGGGACAACAUGUACAGCUGCGAGCGGUGUAAAAAACUGCGGAAUGGCGUGAAAUACUGCAAAGUUCUCCGGUUACCUGAGAUCCUGUGCAUCCACUUGAAACGGUUCCGGCACGAGGUCAUGUAUUCCUUCAAAAUCAACAGCCAUGUCUCCUUCCCGCUGGAAGGACUGGACCUUCGUCCCUUCCUGGCCAAGGAAUGUGUCUCCCAGAUCACCACCUACGAUCUCUUGUCUGUCAUCUGCCAUCACGGCACAGCAGGCAGUGGGCACUACAUCGCGUACUGCCAGAACGUGAUCAACGGCCAGUGGUAUGAGUUUGACGAUCAAUACGUCACUGAGGUCCAUGAGACAGUGGUACAGAACGCGGAGGCCUAUGUCCUGUUCUACAGAAAGAGCAGCGAGGAGGCUGUGCGGGAGCGGCAGAAGGUCGUGUCCCUUGCCACCAUGAAGGAACCCACCUUGCUCCAGUUCUACAUCUCUCGAGAGUGGCUCAACAAAUUCAACACCUUUGCGGAGCCUGGUCCCAUUACCAACCACACGUUCCUGUGCGCACACGGAGGGAUCCCGCCCAAUAAAUACCAUUACAUUGAUGACCUGGUGGUGAUACUGCCCCAGACUGUCUGGGAGUAUCUGUAUAACAGGUUUCGGGGAGGCCCUGCUGUGAACCAUCUGUAUGUGUGCUCGGUCUGCCAGGUGGAGAUCGAAGCCCUGGCCAAACGCAGGAGGAUUGAGAUUGACACCUUCAUUAAGCUGAACAAGGCAUUCCAGGCAGAGGAGUCGCCCAGUGUCAUCUACUGCAUCAGCAUGCAGUGGUUCCGUGAGUGGGAGGCUUUCGUCAAGGGGAAGGAUAAUGAGCCUCCUGGACCAAUUGACAACAGCAGGAUUGCACUCGCAAAAGGAGGUGGACACGUGCAGGUGAAGCAGGGAGCUGAUUAUGGGCAGAUUUCCGAGGAGACGUGGAUUUACUUGAACACGCUGUAUGGAGGAGGACCGGAGAUCCCUGUACGCCAGAACGUCGCGCAGGUGCAGGAACUGGAGAGUCUGCAUGGGGAACAGAAGAUAGAGGCUGAGACGCGGGCUGCGUGAGCCGCGCUGGACUAAGUGGUGGAGGUAUGCCAUGGCAGCCCUGCGUGUCUGGAAAAGCGGGGGAUCGUUGGACUGAAGAACAAGGGACAUAGUCCACCUCAGAGAAAUAGAGAGGAGAUUUUCCUUCUGGGGGUGGAGGUGCCCCCAGGGUGUAAGCUUGCUCCGUCAUCCUUGUAUAACAAUGUAAAACCUCAUGCAGACUCUAGGCUUGGCUAUCAGGAUGCUGCUGGUCAGAAGAACCUCACCAUAACCCAGCUCCUGCACAGCCUCCAGGCCUAAGACUGUGGUGGGGAGACUGUCUCCAAACAAAACUUAAGUGGAAGAAGUUUGGCCUGAACCUCCCCCUGCUUUGGCUGCUCUCGAGAGUAGCCCAAGGCUGCCUUCGGUGAGUUGAAUCUCUGCUCCUUUGCAGGUGGCGCUUGGCCCCAACGUCACCCAUUGCUCCUCAGGAGCAGUUCUGAGCACUUUUUUUGGAAGGCAAAUGUAUAAAGAAGAGACAUUGUUUUGUUCACAGUGAGUAACGUUGUGACUAGAGAAACCCUAUUUGUUUGAAGCUGGUUAAAGCCACAAGGGUUUGUAGCCUUUGUUUUGUUCUACUGGUGCACAGGUGACGACGAGUCCUCCACGUUUUGCUCUUGUUCUAGUUCUUGCAGCCCCACUUACAGCAGAGAGACCAUUUCUCUUCCACUGUCAGACGUGUCUGUGGCCCAGCGCUGCCUACAUCUGCUCCACGUGUUCUUGGUGAACAAAGCGGGAAGACUGGCAGCAGCUUCACACUCACUCCCCAUUGUGCCAUUUCCAUUUGUGCUACUUCCUGGUAGCCUUGUAGCUGUGGACAAGUACCAGGCAUGCAGGGCUCUGUUACGAGUGUUAAACUGUCAGACUCCAUUCGAGUUGCUGAGGCUGGACAGAGGCAAUGCAGCAGGUGCCAUGGGUCUUGGUUUGGCUGAGAUGAUGUUCCCCCACCUCCGUUUCAUAGUCCCUGAAUGGAACAUCUCCAUAUUCUGCUCUCCAAACACCACUGCCCAGCCCUCACCCAUGGGCCUGAGGAGAGGGGAAGGGCCCAUUAGGAGUGGGGGAGAAUCUGAGCCGAGCCAUUCACUUGCAAGAAGCCAGGUGUUAACCCACCUGUGCUGAAAUGUCCAUCUUUUGACUUACUCUAAAUCUUCUCCCGUCCUGCUGGGGAAGGCGCCUGGCUGAGCAGUUCCAGCUGUGGGGGUGGAAAACAAGCUGCCUGCAAAUGAGCCUCCAUACUCCCACGUGCAAUGCAGUGCUGAGCUUGCUCUAGCUUUUCAGGGCAGAUAGUGUUUGGUGUGUACAGCGGCUCAUUGAAUGAAUGGGAAUCCCUUGCACCCCAACCGCCAAGCAAUGGGAUGGGAUGGAGGGGCGGGAUGAACGGAGAAUGGCAAACACCAUUUUUCACGUCUAAGCUCCUUUUCAAAACCAGCGAUUGGAUUUAGCUGUUGGCCCCACUGUAAAUCAGUGAGAUGGCUGCAAAAUCCAGCCGGGCUCUGGGAAGGGCUCUGCAAGCCCUCGGGUGAGACGCAGCGAGUGCAGAGCAGAGCGAGGCUGGCGUGGCUUAUCUGGCCAGCUCGAGUGCGUGCCUGGACCAGCCUCGCAGGCCGUCUCAGAGGAGAGCCACGCCGUGGCGCUGGUGGUGGGAAUGGAAUGAAUGCACUGCAUCAGCCUGACUCCAGCGUGUGACUGUGGCCUCAGGGGAAGCCCACACGCUCCUAGAACAAGGGUGGAAGGGGGCUGCUGUUUGUCUCACCGCAGGGAAGUGAAAGUAGGUUGGGGGGAGGGAGUUUCUGAAAUGAGGCCUUCACACUUUUUUAGACCAAAAGUUUGCUGCAAACAGCAAGUUCUUGUUUAAAACAAAAAAAUUCCUGCAAAUGGUUCAAGGUGUUUCUUUUACUGUCUUGGUUACCUGGAUCCUUGUCUGUACCCAGCCGGGGGUGGGGGUGUGUCAGAGAAUGAGCCGCUGUUGGAUUUCUCAGUGUUUUAAGCUGUUUUUUGUUAGCUGCUGCAGCCAGCAUUGAAUCUCUUGUGGAGCCUCUAGGGCUGCAUGUUGUGUCUUGUCUGUGUUGUCUCGAGGAUGCUGUACAGAUUGUAACUACACUCCCCUGCUCAAGUGUUACACUUUGUGCUGAGACUGUUACAAUAAAUACACCUGCAUUCAA